CAAACAAAACAAAAAUAGAAAAAGAAAAUAAAAAAGAUGAGGAUAACUAGGCGAUUUAUCUAUUCUCGGCAAUUAUGGAAACUUUGCUAGAUUUAUGGGAACCUUUCACUGGUCCAAACGCUGAAAGCUUUGCAACAUUAACAUCUAUACGAGAUACGGUGAAUGGGCAAUGAAAAACCUGUCUGAUCAAUUCCAUCCUGCAACUAGGGUUGAAGCGCUAAAACAUGAAGAAAGCCAAAUCAUAGAGCAACACAUAGAAGAAGAAGACAAAGAAGAAGAAAGAGCUAGAUGUGAAUGGGAUUUCAGUCUUGAGACUGUGGUUUCAUCAAGCAGCCAUGGAGCUGGGUCCGAUGCCCUCGGUGUAAUCGAAUUCGACCAGUCUGAAAGCAUCGUUGCCACGGGUGGAAUUGCCAGAAAGAUAAGAAUCUAUAACUUCAAGUCUUUGCUACCGCAUGAAGGUAGCCAAAAUGGACACGAUAUGGUUUUGUUAGACCAUGCUAAUGUAUGCGAAUAUUACAUAUGUACCCCGGCUAAGCUUAGCAGUCUCCGAUGGAAACCUGGUUCCGAUAGCCGGGUUAUAGCGUCGGGAGACUACGACGGAGUUGUCAUGGAGUAUGACCUUGAGAGAAGAGUACCGAUCUUUGAACGCGAUGAGCAUGGUGGUCGCCGGGUAUGGAGCGUGGAUUAUUCGCAUUGGGAUCCGGUGAUUGGUGCGUCUGGAUCGGACGAUGGGACCAUGCAAAUGUGGGACCCACGUUGUGAGGGCGGUGGAUGUGUAGCUACAGUUCAACCCGGCGAGACGCGGAGGGCCGUCUGUAGCGUGGAGUUUAAUCCGUCUACCAGGUCAACGAUAGCCGUUGGAUGCGCUGACAGGAGGGUAUACGGGUACGAUACCCGGAUGAUGAAAGACCCGGCAUUCGUGCUAGAUGGGCAUGAGAAAACCGUGACAUACGUCAGGUUUGUGAAUGAGCUUACAUUGGUAUCCGCAGGCAUUGAUGGGUGCUUAAAGCUGUGGAAUUUACAAGAUUCCCAAAUGAUUCGCACGUACAAGGGGCAUGUUAAUAAUAAGAACUUUGUUGGGUUAUCGAUGUGGAGAAAUGGAGGGUUAUUAGGGUGCGGAUCGGAAAACAACCAAGUGUUCGUUUACGACAAGAGGUGGGGCGAACCCAUAUGGAUGCAUGGGUUCGAGCCAGGCAUAGCCGACCGUGGGUUUGUAAGCUGUGUAUGUUGGAGGCAAGUGGGGGACGAUGAAUGUACACUAGUUGCAGGAGGAUCAGAUGGGGUCCUGCAAGUUUUUAAAGGCAAAAAGAAGAUCGAUACAGCUACUGGCUCAAGAUAAAAGAAUCUCCUUUUGUUUCUGCUUUUUUUGGGAAAUGGGCUGACCAUGAGUUGUUUUAAUGAGCUUAGUGAGUGGUGCUGGCGUAGUAUCAAAUUGGCCCUCCUUGUACUCCUCGUGUCAUCAUAUGCUUUUUUGAGGCUCCAGUUUAUUUUCUUUCUUUCUUUUUUUUUUUUUUUUCCUUACUUCCUUUUUAAUUAACUGAAAUUGUAACUUCGUUAAGAAAAGCCAGAGGUGAUAUAAUUGCUCCAGUUUAGGGAAGGGGGCAAAUUUGAAAUCUGAUUCAGAUUUAUUUUCUUGUUGGAAGAUUUGAGUUAGCUUUUUAUAUAUAGUGCAUAAUUAUUAAAAUUUCA